GUGAUAAUAGCUGAUAUGGCGCAAAACCGUGCCGAAUGGAAAGAAUGGACAAGGAAGGCCGACCUCAAGUAAAUGGGAAAAAUGUCUAGAAGAAGAAGUUUGCACACAGAGACCGAUUUGGUGUUUAUUGCUCGGCUACUGGGACCUAAAGCAAAUCUAUAAAGCUCUUCAUGAAACACUACAGAGCUCCGUCGAGUCACUGCCGGAAUUAACCGUGGAAGUUGUCCAAGGAAGAAGAGAUGACGAUGAGUCAGAGGAGUUCUACACACGCUUGGAAGAAAGUCUAAUAUCCAAUUUAUGGCAAUUCCAACGGUCUCCCUCUUUCUUCCGUCAACGGAAAGCGUCUCGGGAAGUACCUCUCGAUUCAGAAGCCCGGGAAUCUACUUCGAAACGGCCCAUAUACUAUGGAGCUCACGAGUCGCUCAUGGCAUCAAGAGAUACAUUGGCAUCAAGAGAUCGACGCUCAGUAUACUCCCCCGUGGAACUUGAGCACGAACUUGAACAGUCUUUGCUUGCAAAAAAAUAUGUGAGAGAGGUAUCAUCAUCUUCCGAUCAAACGGCUUACAGAAACAUAACUUCUCGAAAACGUAAAACUCUUCAUGAAACAUUACAGAGCUCCGUCGAGUCACUGCCAGAAUUAACCGUGGAAGUUGUCCAAGGAAGAAGAGAUGACGAUGAGUCAGAGGAGUUCUACACACGCUUGGAAGAAAGUCUAAUAUCCAAUUUAUGGCAAUUCCAACGGUCUCCCUCUUUCUUCCGUCAACGGAAAGCGUCUCGGGAAGUACCUCUCGAUUCAGAAGCCCGGGAAUCUACUUCGAAACGGCCCAUAUACUAUGGAGCUCACGAGUCGCUCAUGGCAUCAAGAGAUACACUGGCAUCAAGAGAUCGACGCUCAGUAUACUCCCCCGUGGAACUUGAGCACGAACUUGAACAGUCUUUGCUUGCAAAAAAAUAUGUGAGAGAGGUAUCAUCAUCUUUCAAUCAAACGGCUUACAGAAACAUAACUUCUCGAAAACGUAAAAGUACGAGACGAGGAAGUUCAUCUGAGAGUGAUUGACACGCCCUGACCAUUACAAUGCCGUGCUGGAUUCUUAAAAACCCAAAAAAUC